AAGCGAGCGUGGCUGUCGUUUCUAAGCUCUUUUUACUUCACUAACACGCAUGGACGUGCAAGAAAGACGCAGAAUCGUUAACAUCAAUACGACGUGCAGCGGAGAAGUGAUAGACAUCACCGUGUGUGUGUGUGUGUGUGUGUGUGUGUGUUUGUGGAACGCCCGAACAGCUAGCGGCUUGUUGUUUUUUGGAAAACCGAACUGAGAAGCGGAAAAUUGUACACAGCGAGCAAAGAUACGAACUUCGCAAUGGCAUUAAAGACCUACGGCGAUAAGCCGAUAAGUUUUCAGGUGGAGGAGAAUGGCGAGUACUAUUGCGUCGGAUCGGAGGUUGGAAAUUACUUGCGUCUCUUCAGGGGCAGCCUGUACAAGAAGUAUCCGGGCAUGUCCCGGCGCUUGCUGACCAACGAGGAACGCAAAAGAUUGUUGGACUCCGGCAUUAGCAACCAUCUGUUGUCCAGCUCCGUCUCCCUGCUGAAAGCGACAGAGGUGCAGGACGUACUCGAUGGAAACGAUGAAAAGUAUAAAGCCGUGUCCGUGCACACAUCCGAGCCACCGGCACCGCGAGAGAGCAAAUCCAGCAAGAAGCAACCGCCCUGGGUACCGACAAUGCCCAAUUCGAGCCACCUAGACGCAGUACCGCAAGCGACCCCGAUUAAUCGAAAUCGGGUGUACAACAAAAAAGUGCGCACGUUCCCGAUGUGCUUCGACGACACGGACCCGACGCUGAAUGUGGAGAAUGCAUCUCAGACCGAAAUUUUGGUUCCGAUUCGCUUGGACAUGGAAAUCGAAGGGCAAAAGCUGCGGGACACGUUUACGUGGAAUCGAAACGAGUCCAUGAUUACACCGGAACAAUUCGCCGAAGUGUUGUGCGACGAUUUGGACCUCAACCCAACGCCCUUUGUGCCGGCGAUCGCGGCCGCCAUUCGUCAGCAGAUCGAGGCGUACCCGAACGAGCCAGUCGUGCUGGAGGAAGGGUCCGAUCAGCGGGUGUUGGUGAAGCUGAACAUCCACGUUGGAAACACAUCGCUAGUCGACCAGGUCGAGUGGGAUAUGGCGGAAAAGGAGAAUAAUCCGGAGGAGUUUGCCAUCAAGCUGUGUGCGGAGUUGGGCCUGGGAGGGGAAUUUGUGACGGCCAUCUCCUACUCCAUCCGCGGACAGCUAUCGUGGCAUCAGCGCACCUACGCGUACAGUGAAACUCCGCUGGCCACUGUAGAGGUACCGUUCCGGACACCGAGCGAGGCGGACCAGUGGGCCCCAUUCCUCGAGACGCUUACGGAUGCCGAGAUGGAGAAAAAGAUACGAGACCAGGAUCGAAACACGCGACGUAUGCGACGUUUGGCCAACACAUUUACCUAAAUCCCUACGCGCCGCCCAGAGAAUGGGCUUUAAUCAAACUUCUCAUCAUCCAUCUUUCUGACUGUCUGACUAAUCCUUUUCGUGAUUUUAUGUAUUUGCGCGUGGGGACAUGAGUAUAAAUAAACAAUGCAUCGCAAUGAUGGAAACCUA